AUGGUUGAUCCUAUCGGCGUUAUUGGCUUGGCCGGCCAGCUCUUGGAGUUUACCUUCAAGUUUUACAACAACUGGAAGGAUGUUAAAGCGGACACAAAAAGUUUCAUUCUCGAAGCGAUUGAGGGCAGAGAAGAUCAGAACCGAAACCAUCAGACCCAAUUUCAGAAGCUCCGGUCUAUUGAACAACGGACGAGUGAGAUCGAAGUGAGCGUCAAUACUGUAGCAUCCGGUGUGAAUUCCAUGGUGCAGGAGACACAUACCGCUGAAGCUCGGCAAAAACAUGGAGAACUGCUUCAGUGGCUCUCUUCAGCAGACUAUUCGCCACAACAAGCUGACUUUUUACGGCAAAGAGAAGAAGGCACAGGACAGUGGUUCCUAGAAUCUCAUCAGCUUCAGGAAUGGUAUAGUCCUUGUUACCUUCAUACCUGUCUUAUUCCUAUUCUUCCUCAAGCUGAUCAGUCCACCAGUCUCUCAAGGAAGCCAGUGACUCUCUUCUGCCCCGGCAUACCUGGUGCUGGAAAGACUAUUCUUGUAUCGAUCAUCAUCGACUAUCUCCAAAGGAAUUUGGCAGACUGUGACGCUGGUAUUGCAUAUCUUUAUUGUAACUUCCGGCGCGUAGAUGACCAAAGCGUGGAGCAGCUCAUUGCCAACCUCGUAAAGCAACUACUCAGGAACAAGUUUCCGCCACCACCCGCAGUCAUGGAUGUCUAUGCUCGGCACGAGAAGCAUAGAUCACAGCCAUCGUUGAGCGAUCUUGAGGAGAUGUUCCAUGCUGUUGCCGCACUAUACAAGGAUAGGGCCUUUGUUGUUGUUGAUGCGCUGGACGAAUGCCAAAUGAGCGAUAAUGUUCGUUUUAAGUUCAUUGAAACACUUCUGCGCCUUCAAUCCAGAAAAACUAAUAUCAACCUCUUGGCCACAUCCCGCCCUGUACCUGAUAUUGUGGAAGCUUUCGAUGGACACCCCCGGCUUGAGAUCGUGGCCCAAAGGGACGAUAUCGAGCGAUAUAUGCGCAAUCGGAUGUCUAAUUUGCGCGCUGUCUCAAAGUACCCGGACCUCCAACACGAGAUCAUCAGUUGCAUUGCCAGUGUCGCAGAUGGCAUGUUUCUACUCGCUCAGCUCUUCUUCGAGUCCUUGAAAGAUAAAGUUAGCGCAAAGCUUAUCCGUAAAACACUGAAUGAGCUUCACAGCGACUCUAAGGAAAAGGAGCCAAAGCUUGCCCUAUUACGCCGGGCAUAUGACAACGCGAUGGAACGAAUCAAUGGUCAACCGGCUGGAUACAAGGAGCUUGCCAACCAUGUGCUAUCCUGGAUCAUUUGCGCCAAACGUCCUCUGAAAACGAAAGAGGUUCAGUAUGCAUGGGCUGUCAAGGAUAGUGAGGACGAGCUUGAUGAAACCGCAGUUCCUGAUGUCGAAGACAUGCUUUCGGCAUGUUGCGGGCUUGUUGUCAUCGACAAAGAAAGCGAAAUCAUUCGGCUUGUCCACUAUACAGUUCAGGAAUAUUUCCAUGAUGCUUUGACUCGGUGGUUUCCGACCGUCCAUCUUGAUAUCGCCAAUACCUGCGUAUUAUACCUGUCGUUUAAGGACUUUUCAUGUGGCCUUGUCAGGACGCAUGAGGAGGCGCUUGAGCGACUUGAAAAACCUCUCUUCGCCUAUGCUGUGGACUACUGGGGACAUCAUGCAUCUGCAUAGAGCAGCCUUGGCUCCUUGAGGGUCAAAACCUAA